AUUGCUGAAAUUCCAGUUCGUUUUAUUUACUCUGGCUAUCAGUGAUUUUUUAAUCGCUUUGAACCAAGACUCGGAGCAACAUUGAAAAUCGUCAAUAUGGUUUGGAAAAUAUUUCCGAAAAAAAUUCGUUUCUUAAGGCCUCGAGAUACAGUGUAUAUUUUAUACACAAUUUUCAAUAAAAAAAUUAACUCAGCGCACCUGUUUCCUCAAACACACAAUAAUUUCCUUAACCUGAACUAAUAGUUAAUUGUAACUGACAGGCUGCGUUAAAGUUAAUAAAUUACAAAUUACAAAAUUUUAAUUCUUAUCAGCAACUGAAUUGCGGUUCUCUAAAAUUUGAAGGAUGGUGCAUGUUCACUAUUAUGCCAAAACUUUUACCGUUUAUUCCAACAAAACGAAAUACAUACACAUGCCAUUUUAAAUCCGGCCGGACUUCCUAAAAGCCUAAAAUAUGGCAUUGCAGCAAGAUUUGUUGGGUGUAGUGUAAUUUCGUUCCACUGAUUUGUUUCUACUCACUUUUUUCAAGCACUAACCCACCCACCCUACAGGCAAUACGGGCCGAUUGAAGACGUUGAAGACAGACAACGCACACAACCUUAAAAAUGGUGUCUGUGUGUGUGUGUUUUGAAUGGUUUGAAUUAACACUGAACGUAAAACGAGGGAUGAACGGGCGGGCCCGAAUAUCAAGAACUCGAGGUCGGUUCGUUCGUUUCUGGUUUUUAAUGGAAAAGGGAAAUACGAAGCGAAUCGAAGCUGGUGUGUCAUCGAGCGAGAGUCGUCCGUCGUGAAUGUGAUACGGCCGACUGAUUGACAGAGACCAGCUCUCGACGGAGUGAGACGUUCUUUUUUCUGUUGCUCAAAAUAUUUUGUGUCAUUUUCGUACGAAUACGUCCUGUUUUUUCGGUGAUUUCCUAGAUUGUUCUUAGAUACGACCGGGAAGUUAUGUGUAGAUGAGCAAAAAUUUUGCGAUCCAAGAUCAGCGAAGAAAGUUUUAAAUCGCACCAGACAAAUGUGAUUUUUAUUCGGAAAAUUGAAAUUUGUCGACGACGAUAUUCGAUGGUGUUUGUGAGGGCCUCGAAAACAGUUUUGGCGUGUACCCUGUGUUGAUUAAUACGAAUUGAGCUAUCAAGUGCUUUCUUCGAGUGUAAGCAAAAAGUGUUUUUUCAUAUUUGCGUUGCCCAAAUUUGAAAUCUGAAUGUAAGUGUAUCGGUGAAACGAAUAAAAAAAAGAAAGUUGAAACGCUCAAUCAAAACGAGAAAAAAAAACCAAAACACAACGACAAAAAGUUCACGUGUCAAUAUUCAUGUACUGGAAAGUAGUUUCGGGGGAUUUGAAUUGAUGCAUUGUCAGUGAAACAAGGAGUUCCCAAUCCCUUGAGCGAGUACUGCGGAAUAGCACAGUUUCUGCUAUUGUUAAGCUCGAAAACUAGUGCAGGGUAAAAGUGUCCAGCUACCGAGAAUUUUUCUGGAGAAAACCGUCCAUACAGUCAAUGUUUAAAUGGAUGCAACAUCCAUAAUCACGCAAGUUUCCCGCGACGAUGAGCAGCAGCUGAACUGCAGCUAUCCGAGCGAAAAAGUGAACAAUGUAGAUAGGCUAAAACCACCGAAGCGAGGCUUCUUCGAGACGAUCUUCUGCUGCUGGCGGAACGCGCGGACGAAAAGCAAUCAGAAUGGCACCCCCAUCGAUGGUUCGAUUACGCCCCCGCCGAUCUCCGGCCAGCCCCGAUUUCUGCUGCCCCAGAUCCGACACUCCGAUAUGCACAAAAAGUGCAUGGUGAUAGACUUAGACGAAACACUAGUGCAUAGCAGUUUUAAGCCAAUUCCAAACGCCGAUUUCAUAGUGCCAGUUGAAAUAGACGGAACCGUGCAUCAGGUGUACGUCCUGAAGCGACCACACGUGGACGAAUUCCUGCGGAAGAUGGGGGAGCUGUACGAGUGCGUCCUGUUCACGGCAUCGCUCGCCAAAUAUGCCGAUCCGGUGGCGGACCUGUUAGACCAGUGGAACGUGUUCCGGGCGCGACUGUUCCGGGAAUCGUGCGUCUAUCACAUGGGCAACUAUGUGAAGGAUCUGAACAAGCUGGGGCGAGAUUUACAGAAAAUCGUUAUCGUUGACAAUUCACCUGCAAGCUACAUCUUUCAUCCGGACAAUGCCGUGCCAGUAAAGUCGUGGUUCGACGACGUGAGCGACUCGGAACUGCUGGACCUGAUACCGCUGUUCGAGAAGCUCAGCAAGGUAGACUCUGUAUAUAGUGUAUUAUGCAAUUCAAGCUCACAGUCGCAGCUGCAUUCGAUAGUGCAGCAGGCCCAGCAACAGCACCACCAGCAGCAACAGCAGCUGCAGCAACAACAAUCACAGAACAGCCUGCAACAGUCCAGCAACUCCACCAGCAGCGACGCCAGCAACACGUAACAUUGGCAGCAAAUGUUCAUCAACAUCGUAUGAUUAAUUUAAAAGAAAAAAGUGAAGGAAGGCAACAAGCGUGUGUGGAAUCGACGGCGAGGAGCAGUUUUUAUCAGUUGAUUAAUUUUAUAAUUAUUUUUUAACAAAUGUUUUAAAAUAACGGAUAUCUAAUUUAAACGCUAGGCUCGUAACAAAUUAAAAAACAUUAUAAAACAAUUUGUACUAAUCGUGCGAGGCGACGCGAUGCUGCGCGGAAAGUUGCUUUAGUAGGGGAUUAACUUUUUAACGCUACAAUCGUGCGUUUGUGACGCAACAUUUAUAUACCUAGAACAAAUUCAAGCGACCGGAAAUACCUUUCCUUUGAUUGUUCGAUGGAUGAUGUUAUCCGACAUCAUUUUAGGGAAUUGUGUGCUGCCGGGUUGAGAAAAAGAUAUAAAUCGGGAAAAAUAAUAAUUUAAUAUAUAUACCACACAGAUAGCUGUAUAUAACUAGACAUUUCCUUUUUUGUUUUGUGAAUGAAAUCAAGCUAGGUGAGCAAAAGUUUCUAGUAAAUUGUGAGCGCGCGCGCACGAGCAAAAUCGCGUGGAAGAAUCAAGUUUUGUUCUGUUUUUCAUAUAAAAGUAUGUAAAAGUAUGAAAUUUAUGUGCAUGUACCGACCGAACUACGCUUCUAUUUUAUACUACUAAUAUAAACGCAGUAUCUUAUAUUCAAAAACCCUCAACAACAAAAGAAUAUCCCUUUUAUCGGUUAUCUAGAUAUCCCUACCUACUACGAAAUGGUCGUCCACAAUCUAUAUGCUCUAUUUAUUCCCACAAAACUUUCACAACAACUGUUCCCGCAACAAGAAAUGCACACACACUGCCUGUCUCUAGGGUGAAUCAAAAAAAUCAAAAUUAUCAAUAACUCAACAAAAAAGAUUGGGUGUGUUAUCGUUUUAAGUUUUGUAAACGGUAAAGGAUUAGUCAGAGCUGGUCCGAUAAAUGCAUGCAUGCAAGCUUCGUGAAUAAAAAAAAAAAUGUAACGGUAAAAAUGUAUCCAAAAACACAGACACGAUGAAUCAUAAUCAUAAUCAUAUAUCGUUCUUGAUGAUUUUACUGUGUUGCAAAAAAUAAGUCAACGAAUAAAAUGUUAGCAUCAGUCGGUAUAUCUAUUCUAUACGAUUCUAUACGAUACAUAUUUGUUGAAUAGAAUUUAUCUGAAACUGAAAUAGUGAUAACAGUCUAAAUAUCAUUGGACAUAUCAGUGGAGCCAUAGAGUUUAACAGAAAGCUGGAUUCAGCUUUAAAUUUUUGUAUUCUUUUGCUGAUUCAUAGUCACUUUACGAACAUCUCCUUUUCAAGUGAUUUCCCUCGAAGAAUUAUUGAUAUCUUUUGUGCAUGCCCUUUAAUCUUUCAUACAUUUUUUACUGAAUCAAGUUGCAACUUUAAUUUGUUUCAUUGUGUUACCACUAGUUGGGAAAAUAACUCCACCGAUAUUCAUAAUCAUGCCAAAGGCGCCAAAACGCAAAAGCGAAAGCAUAUCAUUGUCCUUUUUAGAAACAUUUUAGAUUCAAGUUCUGUUCGUGAUUCGUUAGCUAGUUCAAAAUCCACGAACGCAUGCAUGCUAUAAUCCUCAAGCUCUUUAAAGGGAAGAACAAUUUGCAGGAGGAAAAGCGAUAACAACACCCAAUUUUUUUUGUCCGGUUAAACUUUUUCUAUCGAUAGCUAGCAAAAUUAAUCAACAAUGACACCAACUAAGGCGAGCAGCACUAACUAAAUCAACCGACCAACGGAAUUGAGAUCCGCGCGGAAACAAACAAACAGAACUAUUUGAUUCUAUAAAAAAAGGCUACCUCUCACACUUUAUCACGAUCAACUUUUGUAGAUUUUCGAAAACUAACCGAUAUGCUGUGAGUAGAAGUCGCACGCAGGUGUAGUUCGAUUUAGGGAAAAUACUGUUUAGUUCGUCUUCAAACUGUGAAUUUUUUCGGUCUUUGCUCUACAUCACCCGUCUAUAGGAAACAGUUCUACUUAUGAGUAAUGAUUCUUAGGAAAAAUUAACAGUUUUCCCUCAAGCCAACGGAAAAUCAAAAGCUGUAACCAAUCAAAAAGUGUAAUGUUUGUUUUUUACUUUCUUGUUUCUGUGCAUCUUUUUUUUUAAUCACUGCUGUACAAAUCUACAUAUUGGCAAUAAGUAAAAGCAUGUGUGUGUUUUAAAUCUGAACGGGAAUUGGAUAAAAACCUACCAGAAGUCGUUGCAUUUACAAGCUCCCUUUGCUAUAUUGAAUAGAAAGCUCUGCAAUGUGCGUGUUGUAAAUGCCAAAUUGGUAUUCGAAUAUGAAGACACAAGUUUUAAAUUUAGCCCUACUUUGGAUUUGAUAUCGGUUUUUGCUAUGCUGUUGUGGGAAAAUCGAAACUCGAUGCUUGAUAGAGUCGAUAGAUUUCCGGAUUUUGGAUCAAUUUCGUUCCAAUUUGCCUAUAACAACGCUAGAGUCAGCUUGAUUACAGAACGAGUUAUGUUAAUAUUCGUUUGGCAAAAUACUAGUUGCAGAAAAGAGCAACUCAAAGAAUGAAAGUGUGAUGAUUUAUCAUCAGAACUUGUGAGAAAGAAUAUUCAUGUGUUUGGUAUGAUUGGGAUAAAAAAACGCUAAUGGUAACAUUUGCUACCCUGGGAGCUGCGAGAGCUUGCACAUUGAGGAUCAAACUUAGAAAAUCCACAUACACACAAAUCGGUGAAAUCAGAUACAAUAGAAGAGGCAUAGACAAGUGCGCGAAUUGACUAGAACAAAAAGCUAUUGAAUUAAAAGUAUAUAUUUUUAUAUACCGUCAAACUUAGAAGAAAAAAAAAAAUCAAAAGUACGAGAACCACAAACAUUAAGGGACAUAUCCCCUUGAUAUAUACGGUAAGCGCUAGUGAAAACGAAGUUAAAACCUAACUAAAAGCGAUAUGGAACAGUACUAAACUAUUGUAUUACUUUUUAAGGAAAAAAAAUAUACAAAAAAGGCAAAUCCACAUACAGACAGACACAAGAAAUAAAAUUAUGUGUAUUUUAAUAAUCACAAAACAAAUUCGUCUGCAAAAUUUGUACCAUUAAGCGAAUCAAGCCAGGCAACAAAAAAACGAGAAAAUCAGCAUUACACUGACGAAAUAUUUAUGAACAAAAAAGUCCAAACUAUGAUGAUGUUCGUUAUUUUGUAAAUCUGCAUAUAACAAAAAAAAUGAAGUGAAUAAGUGUGAAUGAUGAUGUGCGAGCGAUUUUGAGCGGCGCAUGGCGGCCAAUAAUCAAUGCGCUGCGUCAGCCAUUUUCGGAUUUGAUGAAUGUAAAAAACCGUGAACCAGACAGGCAGAAAAUCAACAACUAACAGCAACACAAUAGGAAUUAAAUUUAAAGAAAAAGUAAUGUAAUAAAGCAAAAAUUCGUAAAAAAAAGUCCCAAAAACAAAAAAAAAACCGAACCGAUGUUUCAUUGCUACGUGCGAGGGAUUUCAGUUGUAUACUAUUUUUGGGUGUUUUUGUUUGGGCAGAUCAAAAGUCAGUAGUUUUCUGUUUUUAUGUUUAGAAAUUUGUUUUCGAGAUAACGUAUUGUUUUGGAAUCGAAUAAAUCUAUGUAAAGAGACAUACCGAUAAAUGCCAUGGUGAAUGAAUAACCGAAUUUUGUGCUUCUGAUGUUUUGUUUAGUUUUCAAUUGUUUUUUUUUUCAUCUUCCUUUUAGUUCUGCUUUAUGUGUUGCUAAACAAUAACUGGUUUUUAACGGAAACUUUGCACAAAGUGUAGAUUUUUUUAUCAGAUGACUAGUUAGUGCAUACCUUAGAGUUUGAAUUUUCCUUCAAUCUAGUUUCUUAUUUCUUCAAUGUCUUUUUAUCUACAAAAAAAAGGCGCGUUGCGCCGUCUAGAUUUAAGUAGGCCAGACAAAUCAAUGGUUUAAAAUGUAACGAAAUUCGAAAUUUGCAUGCCUGCGCAUUUGAAAACCAUUCAAUUAGGAAAAUGAAAAAUAAGGAACAAAAAACUAAUGAAUCACCCUCCUCUACAUUUCGUAGAGCAAUCGAGAUGCAAAGAAUCAAAAAAAUAUAUUAUAUAUUUUAUUAUUAUUAAUAUUAUUAUUAUUAUUAUUAUUUAAGCAUUUAUCUAUUUAAGCACAAGUGAACGAAAUUGAGAUGAAUGAACUAUAAUAUAUUUCAUUGAAUAAGAGCCAAA